AAAGUACGUAUGCUUUGUACGUAUUUUUAACAAUCAUUAUUCAAAAUCUCAGUCAACAUAUCCUCUCUCUUCGCUACCUAGCUGUUAUCACUCUUUUUGACCCAAGAAAACCGUAAACACUCUUAAUCUCAUAGUUUUAAAUUGUAAUUAUGGUUACAUUUUUCAUACUACGAAAAAAUAUUGACAAAUAUAUAUAGUCGAUACAACUUAAUUUAUGGCUCAGUCAUGCUAAUAACCUUAAAAAAUAAUUAAUUCAAACUAAUUUUAAACUCAUUUGAUUCUCAAUCCUUCUUUUUCAUUUCAAUAAUUUAGUGGGUGAAGAAGCUUCUUCCGAUCUAUAAAAGAGGAGUGCUAGAGUACAUAGAAUAACAAGGUAGGAGGAAUUUGAACAUUCCAAUAAAGUCUCAUAAUAAAACUUAAUGGCUAAUUCAUCCACCUCCUCUACCACACCUAAAGAAACACAUGAAGUUUUCAUUAGCUUCAGAGGCGAGGAUACUCGUAAGAAAUUCACAAGCCAUCUCAAUAGUGCAUUAAGAAGGUUAGAUAUAAAAACCUACAUAGAUGAUCACAAUCUUGAAAGAGGAGAUGAAAUAUCACAAUCGCUUCUCAAAGCCAUCGAGGAUGCGAAACUAUCCGUGAUUAUUUUCUCCAAAAACUUUGCGAAUUCAAAAUGGUGUUUGGAUGAAGUUGUGAAGAUACUUGAGUGUAGAAAAUAUAAAGGACAAAUUAUAUUACCUGUUUUCUAUGAAGUUGAUCCUUUUCAUGUUCGACAUCAAUUGGAAAGUUAUGGUGAGGCAUUUGUUAAGCAUGAGAAGCGUUUUGAAAGUACAUUGAAUGUUGUGCAAAAAUGGAGGGAUGCUUUGGGGGAAGCUGCUAAUCACUCUGGUUGGGAUUGCUCCAUUAACAGAACGGAAUCUGAACUUGUUGAGGAAAUUGCAAUGGAUGUGAUGCAAAAGCUGAAUCGUGUUUAUGUUGGUGAUUUAGAUAAUCAAAUUAGUAAAUUAGAGAAACUUGCACACCUUCAGCUUGAAUAUUAUAAAAGCAUAAAUACUUAUGCUAAUAGAGAAAGUCAUGAAGCAACGGUUGAACGCAUAACGGAGCUUAAAAUGAAGAGAAGCGUUCGUAUGCUUCGUUUGACUCGUGAGAUGCUUUCAUACAUGGAGGAUUCGGAAGCUUUUGAGAAAUUAUUUUAGUUGCAUAUUAAAUGCGCUUUUUAUUUAUAUAUAUAUUUAUCAAUGGAUGUAUCAUUUAUGCAUUGCAGAGUUUCAUUGAUUUAACAUUUUAUCAGGGAUCUAGUAAAAAAAAAUAUUGCUCAUUGAAUGUAUGAAAUUGAUUGUUUAUGUUCA